ACAGUUACGUCGAAAAUUGGGAAGGAAAUAAAAAAAACUGUCUGCAAGUCCACACAGACUGCACCCUUCCCUUUUUUCACUCCUAAAAUUUCAAACAAACCCAACUUUAAACAGCAAAAACUGAAGAACAUUUAUCUUUUUAAUCACAUGAAAAUUGUUUCUACCAAUUUCCUUUAACUGGAAUUAUGAAUUUUAAAGUUGAAGUUCACAGAGUUCAGUGUUGGAUUCAUCAGAUUGGUGACCUCUGUCUUCGACUUCUGUGGCAUUUUGUUCAUCUUCUUGUCAGUUUAUGGUACGCUGGAGUUGGUAUCGUCCAAGGGACUGAAAGUUAUUUAAUCUCUAGGGGACUGUGGGACUGUUAUAAGUCCCUUGAUGUUGGCAAGAUCCAAUACCUUGCCAUUGUGAUAGAAAGCGAAGAUGCUUGUCAAUAUUCUAAAGUUUUUCAGCUGUUGCUAUGGUUGAAAGCUAUUGGCGUUAAACAUUUAUGCAUAUACGAUUCUGAAGGAGUUCUCAAGAAAUCCAAGAAAUUCAUUAUACAAAGGUUGAAUAAUGCAGUAGACAUUGAGGAAGCAGUUCAAAAGAAUCUUCCAUCAGAAGAUAAACAAAUGACUCUGGAAUUUGUUUCCGCCUCUGAUGGAAAGGAAGCAGUAGCCAAGGCAGCAAACCUGCUCUUAACGAAGUAUACAAAUUUGGUUAGUUCCAAUGCAGGACAUGAAGAAGCCAUUACAGAAACUCACGUGAAUGAGGCAUUAAGAGAUUUAGGUUAUAUAGGGCCUGAGCCUGACCUCCUAUUAGUUUAUGCACCAGUAAGAUGCUACCUGGGAUUCCCAGCUUGGCGAAUUCGAUACACCGAGAUAGUGCAUAUGGGACCAUUGAAAUCCAUGAGAUACGGUUCCUUAAUAAAGGCCAUUCACAAGUUUACUACAGUCCGCCAAAACUACGGUAAAUGAGCGUCCGUGUUGAGAGUUUAGAGAUUGUUGUACCGGGAAAGUGGUCGAGAGAGGGUAUCUCUUACUGCCUAUAUAAAAUUGUAUUGCUGAUAGGUAUAUAAUUGCUUAUGCAACUUAUAAUCAAUAUAAACAAGCAGGUUAUAUAUGCCUAAUAUUUGGCUGAAUUAAAUGUAAUAAAUCCUAUAAAUUGUCAUCUCUUUUUAUA